UCGACGAAUUCGUAACUUGCAAAUUAAAUAAUCAAUACGAAAUUCGUAUCAGCUAGACCGCAAAUAUUGACGUUAAAGAGAGUAAGCGAGCUUAUAUAGGAUGUUGAUGAACGUUGCGAUCUUACUUUCGUUCUUACGUGACGCCGGCGUACAAGUGCACGGAGAACAGAAAUAAAAAUAUUAAAAAGAUGGAGUCCUGGUUUUGUUUGUGUCUGUUGCUCUCUGUCAGUUGUGGAGUGGUCAAGUGCUUAGGAAUCGAGCAAUUCUGGACAGACGAUUACAAGACGUUUGAGAACGUUUACGGGAAGACAUCAGACAAGGAAAUAUACGGCGCAACUUUACCGCCUGCCGUCAAACAAGGCGUCAAACGCGAGGCCUCCGAGAAGAAGGAACAUCACCAGCUUAAGUACGACAGAGACGCAUUCGACAUCCACACCGCAGACACAAAUACGGAAUCAAAAAAACCAGCCAUUUCAACGCAGAGCUUCAUAAAAUACACAGAUUUUAUACCAAUAGCCCAUACUACAGAUCCGGAAAACUAUGGUUAUUUAAAGCAAUUAGAAAAUUAUGAGAAAGAUAACUCAAAAUUUAGUGCACCCUUUCUUACUGCGAGUUUCAAAUCACACGCUUCGAACACUUACAAAAGCAUCAGAGAUAUUAUUGAAUCGGAUCAACAUAAAAACACUUUAGACAGUGUUACAGUUAGUGAGAAUAAACUUAAAAACAGGCCGGUUAGGUUCAGGAAUGAUUCGCUGAAAUCGAAAUGCAUUUCUGGAAGGUGCAAUAAAAUAUCUUCAAUCAGAGGAACGAAGCCUUACGUCGCUAGAAUAAAACAUAGGAUUGUUAAGUAUUAAUUUGAUUGCAACGGAUAUGUACAGAAAUAUUCGUUGUGAUUUUAAGACUAAUUUAUGAAGUAGUUGUUUUAGUUAGGUUAUUAGACGAAAUUUUCUAUUUUAAUUUUAGUAAAAUUUUUGUAGUUUAAUAUUUAAUAAAUAGUUAAAGCUUUGGUUUUUA